GCGGCGCUUAGUUACGAAGUUGGUUCCCGUAACAUGUCUAAGAUGGUGCGAUGAUUGCUCACGAUAUGUGUAGACUCUGAUAUGCUUGAAGCUCCAAGCAUCUUGUCCUUUACGGACGAUCCUGUGAAAGUAACGAGGAGAGAAAAUAAUUAUACCAGGGCAUAUGUCCCUUCUCAAGAAAUCGAAGCAGAUCUGAAAAGGAUUUCAGGAAAACUAAAUGAGUGUUUGUAUGAUAGUUACAGAAGAGACAUUGACACUCUCAAGCCAAAUGUCGACAUUGACAAUGAAAUGGCAUUAUUGAUAGCAGCCGAGGAGGAUGUACAACAGUCCAGGCGAAGCCUCAGAAGAAGAGCACGAAAGAUUUGCCCGUCAAAUGGCCCCACUCAAGAAGAAGAACAGGAAUUAAAAACAUUGAACAAAAGCUCUGUCAGAAAGAUGUACGAAUUAGAUGAUUUCAAGCGAGAUUUUGAUACAAAGCCUUUUGUUGCUACUGAGAUGGUGGAUUUGAGUUUUGAGAGGAUUGUAGACAACAUUCGCAGGAGGCAGCAGGCUCUCCAGAAUCUCCGCAGGGAAAUCUAUGAGGAUUCUGUACUCAGAGUGGCAGGAUACUACAGGAAGGCCACAGAGCAAAAGAACGCUGAUGUAGCAACAGAAGUAGUUAAAUCAUCCCUGACUGCCAAAUCUAAGCGAGCAUCUAAUACUGAUGUGGAAAAAUCCAAUUACCAACCAAAGAUUACCUUAGUGAAGUCUACACUUACAUCAGAGACAAACAUGGGAAAGUCGAGUUCUGUGUCACCGAGUGUUGUUAUUGAAAAGUCCCAUCAUACACCCAGCAGCACAAGUGAAAGUGAUACGGAGGGGGACGAAUCUUAUGCUGCAGUUCAAGAGCGUUAUCGGUCAGAAAAACUCAGACUAGAAAAGAACUUAGAAAUAUUCAACAAACAGCUACAAGAGUUCAUUGACUCUCGAACAAGCUCGACUGAGGUUCAUGAAGUUGCUGUCAAGUCGAAGAAGAGACGUCACACUGGUGCCAAAAAAUCUGAAACAAAAACAGCCAAGACCAAAGCCAAAGUCAAAACUGUCAAAGUGGCCAAAUUAGACACGAAAAUAGCUAAAGCCAAAGUUGUAAAAGCAGCUGAAUCCGAUUCCAAAAUGAUCAAGUCUGAGGCAAAAGCAGAUAAAGCCAGAGUCAAAAGUGUGAAAGGGGCCAAAUCAGAUGCCAACAUGGCCAAAGUUGAUGUCGGAGCUGCCAAACUGGUCAGAACAGGCAAACCGGAUGUGAUCACUGUAAAAACUGCAGAACCAGACUUGAUUACCGUAAAAACUGCAGAACCAGAUUUGAUUACUGUAAAAACUGCAGAUCUAGAUGUGAAGGAUGAUGAGCAGAAGAGAGAAUCUCAGGUUGUGGAUGGAGGCUGGACAAAAAGGAAACCCUUCCGACUCUCCAUGGCAGACAUUCAAGCUUACGUUGAUUCCUGCGAUCCUGAGCUGGCAGGAAAACGAAGACGAAAGAAAAGGAAGAAGGGGGGCAAUAGAAGCAGCGUUACAGAACUUCCACUGAGAGAGGAGGACAGUGACAUCAUCAUCAUGGACAAAGUCCAGGGACUUGGGGUGCUGCCAAAACUCAACCCAAUGCCUGUUUACACCGACAAUUUUCAAGCAAGUUGUGUGUUAACCCACCUAUUUUCAAGCAGAGACAACUUCGAUGAAGAUUUUGAAGAAGACUACAUUAUACCAACAUAUGAAAGCGAACAAAAGUUUUAAAUUCUAUAUAAUUUCAAUUUUAAAAAGUCAUACUUGGCAACUCUCAUUUUUUUUCGAUUAUUUUUUCGGCAUUAAUUGUUACUGUUCAGAAUUUUUUUUAUGAUUCAAUUGAUUUGCAAGAAAAAGCAGUUUUAAUAAGUGAAGUUUUUAUGUUAGUGAGUUUGUCAAAAAGAAUAAUUAUAAAUGUACUUUUUGAGGCAUGAGAAUUGGAAGAAACUUUGAUAAACUUUUUUUAAAAAGGCGGCAAUUAUAAAAAUUAUCAAAAUACAGAAUAUUAACAUUUUUAUGAGAUUAUACAAUGUCUACAUCAAUCAUGAUAUUUAAGAUUCAAAACAUUUUGUUAAAGUUUGAUUUUAUUAAUUUUCCACUGAACCAUCAAUAUUUAUUGGUAUAUAAACCUGUAGUUUUAACCUUUUUUGUACAAUGUACCUCAUAGUAAGCCAUUAUUGAGUGGACUAAGUGGAGUAUUGUUGUAUAGAUCUAUCUUUGUUAUUGUAUAACUUUUUCCUUUUUCUUUUUAUUUAUUUUAUGUAUAUCGCUUAGAUUUUUUACAGAAUUUAUGCAUUUAAAAAUGUAUAUCAGAAUUUUCAAGGAAACAGGAAGUACCUAGAUUGUACUUACAUUUAUUUAAUAUGUAUAUAUCUUAGAUUUUUUACAGAGUUUAUACAUUUAUAGCAGAAUUUUCUAGGAAACAGGAAGUACCUGGAUUGUACAGUUUGUUUUCCUGUGUUUCCGACAUAUUUAUAUAUACAAUCUACAUGUAUUUUACAUUUCUUAACUCGGUGUUAACAAAAUGAUUUAAUAUAAAGUUUAUUUUGAUAUUGAUUAUUUGAGCUAUGAAGUUAAUGCUGAUGACUGGUUAAUAACACAAAACUUUUUUUUUUUUUUUUUUUUAUUUAUGUAUAUCUCCUAGAGUUAAUACAUUUAUAGCAGAAUUUUCAAGGAAACAGGAAGUACCUGGUUUGUACAGUUUGUUUACCUGUGUUUCCGACAUAUUUAUACUUGUAUAUACAAUCUGAGUUGAUUUUAAUAUUGAUUAUUUGAGCUAUAAAGUUAAUGCUGAUGACUGGUUAAUAACACAUAAUUUAUUUAUUACUAAUCAGUUAUAUCUAACAAAAGUAACCAUUAGAUAAUUAAACCUGACCAGUAGUAGCGGGUCUGAAAUUGACAAUCUUUUGUUUAUGUCAUAUAAGUUGUUGUGGAUUAUGCAGAAUUGUUGGUCUAAAUUUUGUACUUAUAUCUAUCUAUUACUUAUUGGUCUGUAUUUCAUGAAGAGACAGAUCUGAUUGGAAUGCAGGCUAAAUUUAAAGUUCAUAACUUUAAAUAUCAUAAAUUUUUGCCUUGAAGACAGAUUCUAUGGGACGGAUUUCGGAGCUGACAUUUUAAGACUGACCAUCUAUUAAAUGAGAAGAAGGACUCUUUAAGGUUAAAAAUAAAUGUAAUAAAAUUAAUUCUAAAACAAGAGUCCGGUUAUUUGGUUCUUUAAUUUUUAUGUCUAGAUUAUUUCUUUGAUUUUAGCAAUUUUGCAUAAUUCCAACACCACACUACAUGGUAUCAAGUUUAACCAUGUACGUUAAUAUGUACCAUGUCAUCAUCGGCCAGGUUUACAGUAUAUAUUGUGUAUACUUAUUAGAUCUAUAUAAACACUACAAUAAAACUGUGAUAAACUUUAUAUAGCAACUUUACUUUAGAAUCACAAUUAAUUUACUUUAAAAAUUGUGCAUUAUUCAAAAAUGUGAGAUUUAUAUGGAAAACAUCGAUUUGUUGUAUGUGAACACAAAGUUAUGAUAGGCGUUAGGUAAGAAUAUAUUCUGUAAACAAAUAUCUAAUACAACAAUAAAGUU